CCCCCCCCCCCCCGGCAGAUGUCUUCAUGUAUUGCUGCGGGCUGGGAAACUGGCGGAGCACGCAGACCACCUGUGGAGAGCGCCAGGACACGGACGCCACCGAGGAGAGGAACGCCCAGGUUCAGUUGGAGAAAGCUAAGUACAAGCCUGUGGCUUUUGCCGUACGCUGCAACUACUCCUACACGCCGGCGGAUGACGACAACGUGCCAGUGCCGGGCCAGGCAGUCAGCUUCGAGGCCAGAGACUUCCUACACGUCAAAGAGAAAUUUAACAAAGAAUGGUGGCUUGGGCGGCCGGUUAAGGAGGACAGCGCGGUGGGCUUCAUCCCCAGUCCGGUCAACUUGGAAACCAUCCUGAUCCGAAGAGAAGUCCAGGCCAGGAAGGCUGCCAAGGCCUUAGCAAACAAAGCAUCCUCACAAGUCGCUCAAGAUAUGAACUCCAAAAAGUACACGCCUCCUUCUCAAGCCAAUCAGCAGGUGAAAAAGAAGCCGGGGGAGCAGGUCUCCAUGUACGACGUUGUGCCUACCAUGCGUCCUGUGGUUCUCAUGGGACCGUCACUGAAGGGCUUAGAGGUGACGGACAUGAUGCAAAAAGCUCUGUUUGACUUUUUGAAGCAUCGAUUUGAAGGCAGGAUCACCAUCACGCGGGUCACGGCGGACAUCUCCCUGGCAAAGCGCUCCAUACUCAACAACCCUGGAAAAAAAGCCUUAAUUGACCGCUCCAACACCCGCUCCAAUUUAGAUACUGCUGCCCAGAUCCAAGGAGAAGUGGAGCGAAUAUUUGAACUUGCUCGCAGCCUGCAGCUGAUUAUUCUGGAUGCAGACACUGUCAACCAUCCUAUUCAGGUGUCCAAGACCUCCUUGGCUCCCAUCCUUGUUUAUGUCAAAAUAUCUUCACCAAAGGUUUUGACCAGGCUGAUCAAGACCAGAGGCAAGUCUCAGACCAAACACCUCAACGUCCAGAUGGUGGCAGCAGACAAGCUGGCCCAGUGUCCGCCGGAGAUGUUUGACGUCAUCCUGGACGAGAACCAGCUAACGGACGCCUGCGAGCACAUAGCAGAUUAUCUGGAGUCCUACUGGAGAGCCACUCAUCCUCCAGAGAUGGAGCUCCAUGGCAACCCUUUAGUGGCCCAGCUGGCUGAGAACACUCUGCCCAAGUCCAUCGUACCGGACAAGCAGAAGAACAAGUCUAUCGCCCCCAAGAGGAAGGGUUCCCAUGACAACCCCUCCACCCACGAUCCACCCUCAUCCCAGGAGCCGGGGUCCGACGAUGGUCAAAGGGAAGAUGAGGAGGACACGCACCUUCUGAGGACGGAAGCAAAGAGAGCCCAGCAUUCGCGUCAUCAUCAUCACCACCACCAUCAUCAUCAUCACCACCGCAGGACAGAGCAGCAGAUCCAGGCCUCCACCAUAGGACACGCCCACAGGCUUCCUCACAGGGUUCUCCCUGAGGAGGACGAGGAGGAGGUGGGAGGCGCGCCGGAGGACCAUGAUCACUGUAAAGAUCGGGAUCGCCACCACAACCGCCACCACCAUCAUCAUCAUCCCCACAGUGGCAGCGGCCAGCCGCACGGCGAGGACGACUACGAGCAAAAUGAAGGCAGCAGACAUCAGGACCAGAACCCUGCCAACAACUACCAACAUGGCACCUGCAGAGACCGGGGGAGGCUGAAGGUCAAGGAGAGAGACAGAGGCAGAGCCGUGAGGCUAAGGGACUCACAUUUCCAUUAGUUGCUGAUCCACCGUACCAAUCGUACGUAUGUAUGUACGUAUGUAUGUAUGUAUGUAUGAAUUGUUGCGUUUUGGACCAGUUGUUCCUCCCAGGGAAUUCAAGUCACAAGUCGCUCCCAAGCUCUUUACGACACUUAAAGCUGAGUUGAAAAACCACCAGAGACAGAAUAGGUAUUUUGUAAUAUAUUUGCAAAGCUUUGCAGAUAUACAUUCAGACCAGUCCAGCAUAGAACAUUCAAUUGCGCCCCUAAGAUCGUCGGCCCCCCCCCCUGAAACACCCUCUCCCCUCUUAAGUCCCUGGCAGUCCUGUGUCUCUAGCCAAAACAAAUGAUCCAUUAUCUCUCUCUCUCUGUAACAUUCCUCAUUCAAGGUUAAGCACACCGUUUUGCAGACAACCAAAAGACCACAAUUGGAAGAAAAACACUAGCUGUUUUGUAAUAUGAUUAUGAAAUCAAAAGAAGUAACACUUAAAUUCGGAUAUAUGUAAAUAUCUGCCUCCGACAGUCGUGGUCAAUAGUGGACUUAUACUUGUAAAGAACAUAAUGUCAUUGUCAUGAUCCGUGGCCCGAAAUCAUGUGUUGCUAUAUUCUGUUAGUUUGGACUCCCUUGGUUCCUGUUUUUUGUGCACCCUUGUUUGUUUUUAGUUACCAUGGUUGCUUAUUGUUUCCACCUGUCUCUGAUUGGUGCUCAAGACGCUCACCUGUUUCCCCGAGCACUAAUCAGAGGGACUAUUUAAUCCCGCCUUUGCCGGUCAGUCGGCCUGGCUUCAUUGUUUGCUUCAAGCUUCUGUUACGAGAGUAUUGCCUGUCUCAAAACCGAAACCGGUUCUCCCGGUUGUUCGAUAAGAAAAGAACCGAUUGCAUGGACUCGAAUCCCUUUUUGAGAACCGGGUCCCGUUAUCGAGGCCUCUAUAGUAAAGAAAAAUAGUGUUUUUUUUUAUUCGAAUCCCUGGGAACGAAUCCCUUUAUUUUUUACUAGGAAAUGCCCUGUGGCACGUCUCGGGAAAUGACGUAGCUCAGUCAUUAGGCGGCAGAUACAGAAAGCAGCAACAACAAUGGACCGGAAAAAAGGUAACCUGCAGCACCAAUUCCAGUGAUAGUGCUGGUGAGUAACUAACGUUAACUGUUGCCGGUUAAUUUCCAUAUCUGCUCACUCGUCGCCUUUAGGCUAAAAAAACGUUACCUCGUAUGUCAAUCCAGGAUUGCAGUAAUGUUAGCUAGACUAACGUUACCUAAGCAUAGUCAGUGGCUAACGGUAACAUUAACGUUAGCCUUUUUGCAUGUGUCUGAUAACGUUAACGUUAUCUUGUAGCCUACACCAGUGGUCCCCAACCACCGGUACCGGUCCGUGGAUCGAUUGGUACCGGGCCGCACAAGAAA